AUGCCAGGUCCAGUUGUUCCAUUUGGUAAAGAGUUUAGAAACAAAUACUUUACAAAUAUUGAAGAUGGUGUAUAUCCAGUUAACCACGGAUCAUAUGGUUUGACACCAACUCCAAUCCAUGAAAAAUAUCUCCAAUAUAUCACCGAAAAUGCUGGGUAUACAGAUAAAUUCAUGAAGUAUACCACUAAGGAUAUCUAUAUCAAUUCAUUGAAAACAGUUGCAAACAUUCUUCAAGCUGACUACCACAACUUUGCAUUCGUUGAAAAUGCCACCUCUGGUGUUAAUACUGUUUUGAGAAGUAUCCCAUUAAGUAAAGGAGAUAAGAUUGUUAUUCAAAGUACUGUCUAUGGAGCUUGUGGUAACACAGUAAAGUUUUUGAGAAACAGAUAUGAUAUUGAAAUGAUUGUUGUUGAAGUAAACUACCCAAUGACUCAAGAAGAAAUCGUGGCCAAAUUUAAGAAGAUAUUCAUUAUUGAGAAGCCAAAGUUGUGUAUGUUUGAUGCUAUAACUUCCAUGCCAGGAGUUGUAUUUCCUUUUGAAGAAUUAGUCAAGUUGUGCAAAAAGCAUAAUGUUUUAUCUUUGGUUGAUGGCGCUCAUGGUAUUGGAUGCAUUCCAUUCAACUUGUCAGAAUUACAACCAGACUUUUUUGUUAGCAACUUGCAUAAAUGGUUUUAUGUUCCAUUUGGAUGUGCAACAUUAUAUGUUGAUCCAAAGCACCAUAAGCAUAUCCAUACUAUGCCAAUUAGUCAUUCCUAUCUUGACGACAGUGUUGAACUCUCUGAAGAGGACGAGAAAAAUAGAUUCAUUGAUAGGUUCUGGUUUACAGGCACCAAGAAUUAUGCUUCUAUUCAGGUAAUUCCAGAUGCUGCCAAGUUCAGGUCCGAAAUAUGCGGUGGAGAGAAGGUUAUUCACGAUUACUGUCACGGUUUAGCUAGAAAAGUUGGCGAUAUGGUGUCCAAGAAAUGGGGCACAUACUUUUUGGAUCAAACCAGUACAAUGGUAACAGUUGAAGUUCCAACAGCCGAUUUCCCAGAAGUGGUCAAUGACUGGUUGAAAAUUGAUAAUCUUGUUUAUAAUAAGAUGUUUGAAAAGAAAGCUUACACUCCAUGUAUUUCCCAUAACGGGAAAUUAUUUGCCAGAUUCUCGUGUCAGAUAUAUAAUGACUUGAGUGACUAUGAGUAUGCCAGUGAUGUUUUAAUUGAAACAUUGAAAGAAGUGUCAAAUGAGAAGUACAGAAGGGCCAAGUUAUAG